CAAAGGGGUCCAUUCUUUUUCCUGUCUUCCAAUAAACGAGGACUCUUAUAUUAUAGAACAAGAAAUUGAACAGCAUUCGGCUCAUUCAUUGAAUUCUUUUUGUGUGGGUCUUCAUUUGUUCUUCAAUUGUUUCUUUUCUGUGAGGACGCGUUGGGGGUGAAAGUUUGACUCUGUAAAGGGAUUUCCUUUUUGGUUGGCUGCUGGGAAGCCUGGGAUCAGGCUGUCAAUUAAUUAGACAGCCUGAUUUUGAAUUAUUCAACACAAAACGUUUACCCAUAAAACGGUGGAUGCCAAAUCUAUUUCUAGGCUUUGUGGGUAGACGAUAAUUCUUUGACACAUUACUUGAGCUUCAGCUAGUUGUCAUAUGGCUUCCUUUUCUGGAUUCUUUCAGAGGCCGGUAGUUGCGGCCUCUGCAGUUGCAAUAGCCUCUGUUUCUGCUGAGUUUCACGAUAAACUGCGGCCUUCCAGUUCAUCAGAGACUUGUUAUUCCUUCGAACAAUCCAAUCCUUCAUUUUCUGAGUCAAUGCAAGAAACAAGUUCAUCUUGGGUGUCCUGGAUAUCUUUUUCCAAGCUAACAGAUUUGUCUUUCAUCUCCAGAAUUCGCACGCCUUUGCCUAAUGUCAGAAUAUCAUUUCCUAAAACUGGACCGAGUUGUUCUUCUAUGGUGCCUUCUCCUGUUUUGCUCAAUUUAUAUCAGUCUGCUGAGUUAGCAAAAACUGCCAAACCAGUGUCCUCUUCACAUACUAUUCCGCCUUCGACAUCAGAUGUUUUGUAUAGAUGGCAUUUGCCAGAGCCAAACACCAUCAAUGUGUCUGGUGUUUCUGAUUGUUCAUCAGCAAAAUCUAGGACUGUUGUGGUUUUGCUUGGAUGGUUAGGCGCAAAGCAGAAGCAUCUCAAGAGAUAUGCAGAAUGGUAUACCUCUAGAGGGUUUCAUGCCAUUACAUUUACUUUCCCAAUGAAUGAAAUUCUCAGUUAUCAAGUUGGGGGGAAAGCUGAGGAGGAUAUAGAAUUGCUCGUGAACCAUCUCGAAGAAUGGCUGGAAGAAGAGCACGGAAAGAACUUGGUUUUCCACACAUUUAGCAAUACGGGAUGGCUAACUUAUGGAGUCAUUUUGGAAAAGUUUCAGAAGAAGGAUUCCACAUUAACGGGAAGGAUUAAGGGCUGUAUUGUGGAUUCUGCUCCUGUGGCAGCCCCUGAUCCACAGGUCUGGGCUUCUGGAUUUUCUGCUGCCUUUUUAAAGAAGCAUAGCGUUGCAACUAAAAGUUUCACGAGCUUAAGUGAAGCAGAUGCAGAGGCAAUGGUUGGAACUAAAAAUGAUGUUGAAGCUAAGCCUGCAUUAACUGAAGCAGCUCUUCUACUCGUACUCGAGAAGCUCUUCGGGGUGGUUUUGAAUUAUCCUUCAGUAAAUAGGAGGCUUUCUGAUGUGUUGAGCGUAUUAACGCUCCAGCAACCAAGCUGUCCGCAGCUAUACAUUUAUAGCUCUGCCGACAAAGUUAUUCCUGCAGGGUCCGUCGAGUCCUUCAUAGAGAAGCAGCGGAGGAGUGGACGUGAGGUCAGAGCUUGUAACUUCAUUUCAACUCCCCAUGUCGACCAUUUCCGGAAUGAUCCCAAAUUGUAUUCUUCUCAGAUCACCAAUUUUUUGGAGGAUUGUGUGUUCACUUGUUGCAAACACUCUUCCUGAUUAGCAUGCUAACCAAUCGACGAUUUUUAUUUUUAAUUUUUAAAUUUUUUUGGACACAUGAUAAUUCCGUACAUAGAGUUAUUAACUGCUAUUGAAUUCGCUGCUAGUGUUCUAGCUAUUGUUGUACUAAGAGCCUAUCGCUCCUAUUCUGCACAGCAGUCCAUACGUUCCACUUAGUCAUUUGGAGGCAUAUUUUUUCCUCCACUUUUGGCCCUGAGAUGUGGCUUUUUAAAGCUACUUUCCCUUAUUCUUUCUGGGGUGUAUGAUAUAUAUUGUCCCUGGAUUUAGGUUGAUGUACCAUAUAUUCUUUCAGGGGUGUAUGAUAUAUUGUCCCUGGAUAGUAGUAAUUUUUACCUCUUAACAUUUGUAAUGUGUCAAAUUUAAGGUAUAUUUGUAUUGAAAUA